AUGGAAGUGCAGACCACCUCCCUGGUGUGGAUUUACGUUAACGUGACGGUCAACACUUCCGACGAGUUCAACUCCACUGAGAGCUCGGAGAAGUCUUACGCUAUCGGUCUCUUCCUGUCCUGCCUCUACACCAUCCUCCUCUUCCCCAUCGGAUUCAUAGGCAACAUCCUGAUCCUGGUGGUCAACCUGAACCACCGCGAGAAGAUGACCAUCCCCGACCUGUACUUCGUCAACCUGGCGGUGGCCGACCUGAUCCUGGUGGCCGACUCGCUCAUCGAGGUGUUCAACCUGAACGAGAAGUACUACGACUAUGCCGUGCUGUGCACCUUCAUGUCACUCUUCCUGCAGGUCAACAUGUACAGCAGCAUCUUCUUCCUCACGUGGAUGAGCUUCGACCGCUACGUGGCGCUGGCCGGCUCGGUGGGCUGCAGCCCGCUGAGGACCAUGCGGCACGCCAAGCUCAGCUGCGGCCUCAUCUGGAUGGCGUCCAUUCUGGCCACGCUUCUGCCCUUCACCAUCGUGCAGACGCAGCACCGCGGCGAGCUCCACUUCUGUUUCGCCAACGUCUUCGAGAUCCAGUGGCUGGAGGUGACGAUCGGCUUUCUGCUGCCGUUCUCCGUCAUCGGCCUGUGCUACUCCCUGAUCGUACGGAUCCUCAUGCGGGCGCAGAAGCAUCGCGGGCUGUGGCCGAGGCGGCAGAAGGCAUUGCGGAUGAUCGUGGUGGUGGUGCUGGUCUUCUUCAUCUGCUGGCUGCCGGAGAACGUCUUCAUCAGCAUCCAGCUGCUGCAGGGCACCGCCGACCCGGCCCGCAGGACCACCGCCACGCUGUGGCACGACUACCCGCUGGCGGGCCACAUCGUCAACCUGGCCGCCUUUUCCAACAGCUGCCUCAACCCCAUCAUCUACAGCUUUCUGGGAGAGACCUUCCGGGACAAGUUGAGGCUCUUUGUCAAGCAGAAGGCCAACUGGUCGGCCGUCGGUCUACAUUUGGGACCUCCGGUCAGGACUGAGGUGUCCGAGGUGUAA